AUGGUCUCCGCAUCCAAAGCAGCCCGAGAGGCAAAGCGAGCCGCCGAUGGCAAGCCCGCUAAGAAGACCCCGUCCAGCAAGUUGGCUAGCAAGAACGCCUCCGCCGUACCCUCAGAGGCAUCUUCGGUCAACGGCGACGAAGGCGACAACAGCGACGAGGGCCAGCCAGCACCCACCGCUGCAGAGAGCAAGUUGGCCGCAAAGGUGGCCAAGCUGAAGCUCCAGGAGGACAAGGACGGAAUUUCCGACCGUGUCACCACCGGUGUGCUGGCCUCGCUCCCGGCCAGUCGCGACGUCAAAAUCACAUCCGCCUCGCUUGUGUUCCACGGCAAGGUUCUCUUCAACGACACCACAAUCGAGGUCAACUACGGCCGCCGUUAUGGUCUUCUCGGAGAGAACGGAUGUGGAAAGUCGACUUUCCUCAAGGCCAUCGACAUGCGCGAAUUCCCCUUCCCCGAUCACCUCGACAUUUAUCUUCUCAACGAGGGUGCCGAGCCUUCCAACGUCGGUGCGCUCGAAUGGGUCGUGAACCAGGCCGAGGCUGAGAUGAAGAGACUGGAAGACCUGGCAGAGAAGAUUCUCGAGGACGAUGGCCCUGACAGCCCCAAGCUCGAGGAGAUUUAUGAGCGCAUUGAUGGGAUGGACCCCUCCACGUUCCACACUCGCGCAUCGCUCAUUCUGACCGGCCUGGGAUUCAACAAGAAGACCAUGGAUAAGAAGACCAAGGACAUGUCAGGUGGAUGGCGUAUGCGUGUCGCGCUCGCAAAGGCGCUGUUCGUUCGCCCAUCGCUCCUGUUGCUCGAUGACCCAACUGCUCAUUUGGAUCUCGAGGCCUGCGUGUGGCUUGAAGAGUACCUCAAGAAGUGGGACCGCACACUCAUUCUGGUAUCUCACUCUAUGGAUUUCCUCAACGGUGUCUGCACAAACAUGAUCGACAUGCGAGAGAAGCAGAUCUUCUACUUUGGUGGUAACUACGACUCCUACCAAAAGACUCGCAGCGAACAGGAGGUCAACCAGCAAAAGGCAUACGAAAAGCAGCAAGACGAGAUCAAGCACAUCAAGGAGUUCAUUUCCAAGGCUGGUACCUACGCCAACCUGGUGCGCCAAGCAAAGUCCCGGCAGAAGAUUCUCGACAAGAUGGAGGCCGAUGGUUUCAUUCAGCCAGUGCACCAGGAUCGUGUCUUCUCUUUCCGUUUCGCAGACGUCGAGAAGCUCCCGCCUCCAGUGCUCUCCCUCGACAAUGUCACGUUCUCCUACUCCGGCAAGACGACCGACAACCUCUACGAGCACCUUGACUUUGGUGUUGACAUGGACAGCAGAACGGCACUUGUCGGACCCAAUGGUGUUGGCAAGUCGACUCUCCUCCGCAUUUUCACAGGCAAGCUUUCGCCGACUUCUGGGUCCGUGUCCCGCCACACUCACUUGAAGCUUGGCAUGUACAGCCAGCACUCUGCUGAACAGCUUGAUCUCACAAAAUCCGCGCUCGACUUCGUGCGCGACAAGUACCCUGCCAUUUCUCAAGAUUACCAGUACUGGAGACAGCAGCUUGGCAAGUAUGGUCUGUCUGGUGAGUCGCAGACCGCCAUCAUGGGCACCCUGUCUGAAGGACAGAAGAGCCGUAUCGUCUUCGCGCUUUUGGCAAUCGACGGGCCCAACAUGUUGUUGCUCGACGAGCCCACCAACGGUUUGGAUAUUCCCACCAUUGAUUCCCUUGCCGACGCUAUCAAUGCAUUCUCUGGAGGCGUAGUCGUCGUUUCUCACGACUUCAGGCUGCUCGACAAGAUUGCCAAAGACAUCAUGGUAUGCGAGAACAAGACCGUCACAAGGUGGGACGGCUCUAUCGGUCAAUACAAGAACCAUCUACGCAAGAAGAUGUUGGCAUCCGGUGGUGUCUAA